UUUUUUGUGAAGUCUAUUCUGUUUUUUACAACGUGUCUGCUCCAAAGAAUCCAGCUUUCAACUUCCUUGGAUAAAAAUCUGUAAACUGGAAGUAAGAUGGACACUUCUACAAGCACAACAGAGGCAACAAAUGCAACAUAUUAUAUUUCAGACCACACUGAUUAUGAUUAUGGAUCAGCCCCAUGUGAAAGUAUCGCUGUCCAAGAAUUUGCUUCCUGUGUUCUGCCACCACUUUACUCUUUCGUGUUUGUGUUUGGUCUACUGGGAAAUGCACUGGUUGUGCUGAUCCUUAUCAAGUACAAGAAGCUCAAGAGCAUGACCGAUAUCUACUUGCUAAACCUAGCCAUCUCCGAUUUGCUCUUUAUAGCCUUACUCCCUUUCUGGGCUUAUUAUGCUGCACAUGAGUGGGUAUUUGGAAAUGCACUGUGCAAAAUUUUAUCUGGACUCUACCUCACAGGCUUCUACAGUGGAAACUUCUUCAUCAUCCUUUUGACCAUUGACCGGUACCUAGCAAUAGUCCAUGCAGUGUUUGCCUUAAAGGCCAGGACUGUGGUCUAUGGCAUUCUCACCAGUUUCAUCACAUGGGGUGUUGCAAUUUUAGCCUCUGUGCCGGGUCUUGUCUUUCACAAAUUACAAAGAGAAAAUGAUCGCUGGACAUGCACACCUCACUUUCCACUUGAUACUCAAAUCCAAUGGAACCAGUUCAUGACCCUGAAAAUGAACCUCGUAGGCCUCAUCUUUCCAAUGAUUGUGAUGACCGUUUGCUAUUCACAGAUCAUAAACACCCUGAUGAGAUGCAGGAACGAGAAGAAGAACAAAGCGGUCAGACUUAUUUUUAUCAUCAUGAUUGUUUAUUUCAUCUUCUGGGCCCCAUACAACAUUGUUCUUCUGCUCCAGACCUUUCAGAUCUCAUUCUCCCUCAACACUUGCGAUGGCAUUAGUAAUCUGGGUAUUGCAGUACAGGUGACAGAGACAUUAGCGAUGGCCCACUGUUGCAUCAAUCCUGUGAUCUACGCUUUAGCCGGCGAGAAGUUCCGAAAGUAUACUUGCAGCUUUUUCCAAAAGCACGUUGCUCUCUGUCUCUCAAACUACUGCCGGUUUUUGUACUCUGAGCCGCUGGAACGUGCCAGUUCCACCUACUCUCAUUCUACUGGGGAGCAAGACAUUUCAGCGGUGUUGUGACGGAUGCCCAGAGAAAAAGGGAAAAUAACCUUUACAGAUGCUCCUCCUCAGACAUUUCUUCAUAUUGUGGUCUAGGGUGGCUGCAAAAUGUCAAGCCUUUAUGAUAAUUGAAAAAUUUUAUGUUAAAUACUAAGAUUUUUGCUUGCUUCUGUCCAUUCCAAGAACGCAUGGUAGACCAUGUCAGGGCUCUUACAAGUAGUAAAGGAAAAUGAUUGUUCAAGCAAGUUAUAUAUAUUACUGUCCAUAGGGUCUGAGAUAUAUUUACAUAAAUGGUUUAAAAGAAAUAUGUCAGUGUACUGUGGUACAAAUGGUGACACAAGAGUUUUGUUGCUUUUGCUACAAAGGUUAUUAAGACUAUUCCUAUGAAAACUGCCCAAGUACUGUACUGCUCUUCUAAGUGUUACCAUAUGUUACAAAUUCUCACUGUGCUGAGUAAUACGUUGCCAGUGCUUUUUCCCCUUUUUAUAAGCAUAAUGAGUAUUCUAUCCUCAGAUCCCCUAACCUAGUUAAGUGUUUUCUAUUGAAUCAGAUGAACCUAUAAUUUUGGCAGCUGAAUGGA